AGUACAUCAGCUCCACACUGACCAACGGGUUUGCCCAAUUUCUAGUCAGCCCCACUGAUGGAAGCAUCUGCAUCAGCCAGCCUCUCACCAGGAUUAAUGUGCCAGCUGCAUGUUGUUGCUACAGACCAGGCCUUGCAGCCAAAGUCAGCUACAGCGACUGUGUACAUCACCAUCAUCCGCAACCAGCAUGCUCCAAUCUUUACCAACCAAGAGGGAUUCACCUGACUACUGGGCUUUUGGUAGAGACCUCUUCCAGGCGACGGCCAUCGAUGAUGACCCCGACGUUGUGCUGAGUCGAAACACUCAUAAUGCUGAAUUUGACUACUUGAUCGACCCAGAUGAAUUGUAUGCUGCACAGUUUUUCGGAAUCAACAAAGAUGGUAUUCUCUAUGUAAAAGCCAACAUCCAGGAGGCUGACAAGAGAGAGGACUUCAAGUUUUACAUAGUUGCUGUUGACUGCAGCUGGAAUCCUCGUAGUAACCGAGCCCUCGUUACGAUCUCUGUGAAAUACUCAAGUAUCAGACAGGAGCUUGGAUUUUCCCGGCCUGAGUACAACCUCAAGAUUGUUUAGUUGAACGUCAACAGCAACAGCAACCCGACCGUCCUCACAUCACUAGAUGUAACCAACACUCGCAUUGAUGGAAAGGCUGGCUCUUACAUCUCUUAUUAUUUUUCGUGUUUAUAUGCUGUACAAAUCUAGUCAA